CGCGUUGUCUAGUCCGACCAGAGCCAAUCAUCAAUCUCUUCUGCAAACUUACAACCGACCAAUUCGAACAUAUUCCCCAAACCGUUAAACACUAUCAAAAGUAAAAAGAGGAAUUUCUCAAAGCGCAAUCGCUGAAUCACAGCCGUUCAAAUCCAAUCGACGGCGACCCGUCCUCCUCUAAUCCGGCGACGACUCACAAUCGCCGGUUAUAAAUGGGAAUUCGCCGUAGCCUGAAUCCCCUCCCCAGUAUCCUGAUUUUGGCGUGUUUAGUGGUGGUGUUGACCGAUCGAUUUCCCUCCGCUCAUGGAAAAUCUGGAGGCAGUGCCACAAAGGAUGCGGGUAUCACCCCCAUCAAUCACGAUCUUUACCAUACUAGUGGAGCUCUACUGGAGGAAGUCGAAUCAUUGGUUCACCGCCACCCAGAUAAACUCUCGAUUGAGACACUGUCUGGUACGAAUAAGGGAUACAAGGCAGAGAUCACUGUUGUUACUUAUGACCGUGAUAGGAAAGACAAUGAUGACAAAGCAAAGCUCAGGAUUCUGCUUACUUUUGGACAGCAUGGUAGGGAGCUUAUUACGACUGAGCUAGCAUUGCGGUUUCUCUCCAUCCUGAGCGAAGAGGAGUUUUUACCCAACAUCAACCGUUCUACUUUUAACAGGACACUUAGUAGGCUUGUCAUAAAGGUUGUUCCAAUGGAAAAUUUGAAUGGCCGCAAACUUGUUGAAGAUGGAGAGCUUUGUGAAAGAAGAAAUGGAAGAGGAGUUGAUCUCAACCGUAAUUGGGGUGUAGAUUGGGGUAAAAAGGAGAAGGACUAUGAUCCAUAUGAAGAGAAUCCUGGGACAGGUCCUUUUAGUGAGCCUGAGACACAACUUAUGCGAAAACUGUCUGUUUCAUUUGAACCACACAUUUGGGUUAAUGUGCACUCUGGGAUGGAGGCUUUGUUUAUGCCAUAUGAUCACAAAAAUACGACGCCAGAUGGGGUACCUUCACAGAUAAUGAAAUCAAUGCUUGAAGCGUUGAACCACAUUCACCUCAAAGAUAGUUGCUUAAUAGGCUCUGGUGGAGCAUCUGUUGGGUAUCUUGCCCAUGGCACAGCUACUGACUACAUGUAUGAUGUUGCAAGGGUGCCCAUGGCUUUUACUUUUGAGAUAUUUGGAGAUCUCAAAGCCUCCCAAAAAGACUGCUUCAAAAUGUUCAAUCCUAUAGACAUCAUCUCCUUCAACAGAGUUCUCAACGACUGGUCAGCUGCAUUCUUCCAGAUGUUCACCAUGGGUGUGCAGCAGAUGGAUGGACUACAAUCUAAGGCAGUAGCGUCCAGUUUCGACCAUUGGGUAUCGAUAGACGACUAUCUUAACGGAUAUCUGAUGCACAGGAAAAGCAGAUAUGGGAAGAAGAUGGAGGUUCUUGAGCUAGGCCUGCGGGAAAUAAGGACGUAUUUCAGAUUGUUCUUGCUAUCUUCUGUCCUCCUGCUCUUCAUGUUCUGCUCUAGAAUUUCCAAGAGCACUCGCCCGCUUGUUUCUGCCAUCUCACUCUAAUUAAAUUAGUUUUAAAAUCCUUAUUAUUUUCCCCAAUUUUUUGCUGUGGAUGGAGAAGCAGUGAUUGUUUGUCCACAUGUAUAUUAUAAUUGCCUAGUGAGAUAUGUAAUCUUGCUGAGGUAUUUAAAGUUUUGCAGAUUCCCAUGUGUUUUGUAAGGUAAAUUUUCUCAAGAAAUUAGUCAAUACUUCUCCUUGUCAAACUGAAGCAUCAGCUAUAUAUAUUGAGUAAAGAUUAGCAUAUACAUUUCA